AUGGAAAAUAUAAAUGAUAUACCUUUGCACAAUCCUGCUGAAUGGAAUAUUGAUCAAAAAAAAAUAAAUAAAUGUGGUGCUAUGAAUAUUGGCAUUUAUAAAGGAUUUAAAAUAGAUAAAACUAUAAAUCAGGUAUUACUACCAAACGAUGGGUUAUGUGUAAUCAAAGUAGUUGAAAGUAAACUUAUUGGAAAAUAUGAAAUUGAUAUUUUAAAUAAUUUAAAAAAAAUUAAACAUCAAAAUAUUAUCAAUGUUUAUGGGUAUGGAUUUGGACCAGUUAAAAAAGUAAUCUCAAAUUUAGAAAAUAAUAUUGAUGAUACAGAUAAAGAAAUGGAAGAAAGAGAUUUAUAUAUUUAUAUGGAAUAUAUUCCAGAAUGUAAAAAUAUAGAAGAUAUAUUAGGAUUAGGAUUAGGAGCAUUUAGCGAACAGGAAAUCAAACAUAUUACAGCCAAAUUAACGGACACAUUAAUAUUCCUCAGUAACAAUCAUAUAGUGCAUAGAGAUAUUAAACCAAGCAAUAUUUUAUAUGACCCAACAACCCAGAAUAUUAAAUUAAUUGAUUUUGGUAUUUCAAAAUAUUAUACAGAUGUUUCAAAAUUUAGUACAAUGGCUGGUACAUCACGUUAUAGAGCACCUGAGGUUUCAAGUAGAAAUGGAACUGCAAGUAGCAAAUCAGAUGUAUGGAGUUUAGGUUGCACAAUCGUAGAGAUGGCCGGUGGUUUAAAAGAAGAUAAUGAUAAUCAAAUACCAGAUUCAAACGAUACAAACAAUAAUAUAGUUUAUAAAGCACCCUCCAUACCACCCCUUCUUUCAGAUAUAUGUAAGAAUUUUAUUCAGUAUUGUUUAAUAUUAGAUCCAAAAUUUAGAUAUAAUGCUUCGCAAUUAAAAGAACAUGAAUUUUUAACCAACAUACCAAACCCAAUGGGUAGUUUAGAUUCGAAAAAUAUCCUCGUUUUAACCAAUAUAGAUUGUUUAAACCCAAUAGAUAUCCCAACAACAAUAAACCAUCUCACACUAACAGAUUUCGAUCAAGAUUUAAUAACUCUUCAUAAUAAAAUACCAAAUUCAAUCAAAUCACUUAUAUUACCAAAGUUUAAUCAAAUAAUAAACAAAGAUUCAAUUCCAAGCCAUAUCAUAUCACUCUCAAUACCACUAUUUAAUCAUGAUUUAGACCAUGAUUCAAUUCCAGUAUCUCUAGAGCAAUUAACUCUGGGUGAAGCUUUCGAUUUUAAUAAAUAUGGUGGUAAUUUACCACCUUCAAUUAAAAAAUUUACAUGUGCACAUUUUUUCCAAGUUUCACUCCGAAGAAAUAAUAAUAUUCCAAAAGGUGCAUCAGAAAUAAUAUUAAGCAAUUAUAACAAACCAAUUGUAACAAACACUAUACCAAUAUCAUGUAAUAUAUUAACCUUAGGUUCAGAUUUUCAACACUUUGAUUCAAUAAACAAGCUUCCAACUUCAGUUUAUAAUCUCACUUUUGGUGUAAAAAAUUGUCAACUUAAAGAUGAAGAGAUAAUUAAAAUAAUUGAUUCUAAAUCAAUAACAAAAUUUAUUAUUAAUAGAAAUUAA